AUGGAGCCGCUAAGAGCGUACUUAGCGAGUAUAAGUGUGGGUGUGGAGGAGAUCGCUAAGUGCGAGGAGAUAGUGAGGCGACAAGUGGUGUUCAGGCUGGAGAAUAAACUGCGGGAGGAGCAGAAGCGGCGGUUGCAGCUUUUGCGGUUACUGAGGCAGCUUGAAGCGGAUAAGGUUGAGUUGGAAACGGCCAUGCUGGAGGAGACGAGGAAUCAGGGCUACGCAGGCACCAGCGUUGUCAUGACUGGCGAUGGCGAUGAUGCCAGCACGACCUUUGAUGAGGACGAGGAGGAGGAGGACGACGAAGAGGAUGACGAAGAGGAGGCGGAAGGGGAGGAGGAGGACGGUGGGGGUGAUCAAGAGGUUGACAGCAGUGCGGUUACUAUUUCAGGUCACGGGCUGUUGAAGCGCACUGGGAGCGACCUCAGGUCGAGGCAGAUUGGUAACAGCGGCCGCAGGUCCGGGAGGGCUCGGAGCAAGGCUCGGCGCGCUGCCAAGGCUGACGUGUUGGCUCGGGACAAUGACGAGGAUGAGGGAGGGUCGGGCAGCAGCGGCGGGCAGGAUGACGAGUUUUUCGAAGCCAUGGAUGAUUUCGUCAGCUCCGGGAGUGUGCUGACGGUGCUUGACAUACAAGAGGUGGGAUUCACGUACCCCAAGAUACCUCGAAGGGAUCGCCUGCCCCCACCAGCAGAAGAGGAAAAGCCGGUCAGCAUCUGGUCGAUUCUCAAGGACCUGGUGGGCAAGGACCUCUUCAAGGUGUCGCUUCCCGUGAGCUUCAACGAGCCCAUCAGCACCAACCAGAAGUAUUGCGAGACGUACGAGUACAGCUGGCUGCUCGACCGGGCAGCUGAGUAUGGCCGCCGGGGCAACAAGCUAAUGAGAGCAGUGCACGUGGCAGCGUUUGCAGUGUCGCGGUACUCGGGGAACGCUGGUCGCAUGCACAAGCCCUUCAACCCGCUGCUGGGAGAGACGUUUGAGGCGGACUGCCCUGACAAGGGCUUCCGAUACGUCUCCGAGGCGGUGCUGCACUACCCGCCCACCCUCGCGUGGAACUGUGAGGGCACGGGGUGGCGCAGCUGGGGGGACGCGUGCCUCAAGGUGCGCUUCUGGGGGCCGUCCGUGCAGCUCGACCCCGUCGGUGUGCUCUCUGUCGCCUUCGACGACGGGGAGGUGUUCGAGUGGAGCAACGUGACGGUUUCUAUCCAAAAUCUGAUUCUCGGAAAGCCGUUUGUGGACCAUUAUGGCACAAUGCGGAUUCGGGGGAACCGAGGGUUCUCGGCACGGCUGCGGUUCAAAGAGCGGUCGACUUUCGACCGGAACCCCCAUCAGGUCCGAGGCAUCGUGCAGAGCGACGACGGGGAGGAGAAGGCGACUCUUGUCGGGCGGUGGGACCAGUUCCUGCACUUUGUGCCGGGGGAGCUGAGCAGCAAGUCUCAGAAGGAGGAGAGUGAGGUGCUGGCCACGGCACAGCUGCUGUGGCAGAAGUGCGCCCCCUCGCCCUUCCCCUGCAAGUACAAGUUCACUCCCUUCUGCAUCUCUCUCAAUGAGAUGACGCCAGGACUCAAGGAGCACCUUCCCCCGACGGAUUCUCGUCUGCGGGAGGACCAGCGGGCGUUGGAGGAGGGGUACUACGACCGGGCGAUUCAGGAGAAGUCACGCCUGGAGCAGAAGCAGCGCAAGGCCCUGAAAGCAGGCGAGCCAGGGUGGCACCCGCGGUGGUUCCAGCAGCAAGGGGGGCCGGGGAGCACGUGGACAUACCCUCUUGACCCGUUCUCCUACCUUGCGUUGCUUCCCCUCCAGCCGCCGUUUCUCCUCGUUCGCCCGUGCUUCGUCCCCCUCCUCCAGGGCCCUCUGGUCCGGGCGAAAGCGGGAGUCCGUGGGGGGAAGGAAGGGCUGCAAGCAAGGAGCGGAAACAAUAAUGGAGCAAGAAGGAAAGUCAUGCCAUGUGUGCUGUCGACACUAUUCCUUCAUGCCAUGUGUGCUGUCGACACUAUUCCUUCAUGCCAUGUGUGCUGUCGACACUAUUCCUUCAUGCCAUGUGUGCUGUCGACACUAUUCCUUCAUGCCAUGUGUGCUGUCGACACUAUUCCUUCAUGCCAUGUGUGCUGUCGACACUAUUCCUUCAUGCCAUGUGUGCUGUCGACACUAUUCCUUCAUGCCAUGUGUGCUGUCGACACUAUUCCUUCAUGCCAUGUGUGCUGUCGACACUAUUCCUUCAUGCCAUGUGUGCUGUCGACACUAUUCCUUCAUGCCAUGUGUGCUGUCGACACUAUUCCUUCAUGCCAUGUGUGCUGUCGACACUAUUCCUUCAUGCCAUGUGUGCUGUCGACACUAUUCCUUCAUGCCAUGUGUGCUGUCGACACUAUUCCUUCAUGCCAUGUGUGCUGUCGACACUAUUCCUUCAUGCCAUGUGUGCUGUCGACACUAUUCCUUCAUGCCAUGUGUGCUGUCGACACUAUUCCUUCAUGCCAUGUGUGCUGUCGACACUAUUCCUUCAUGCCAUGUGUGCUGUCGACACUAUUCCUUCAUGCCAUGUGUGCUGUCGACACUAUUCCUUCAUGCCAUGUGUGCUGUCGACACUAUUCCUUCAUGCCAUGUGUGCUGUCGACACUAUUCCUUCAUGCCAUGUGUGCUGUCGACACUAUUCCUUCAUGCCAUGUGUGCUGUCGACACUAUUCCUUCAUGCCAUGUGUGCUGUCGACACUAUUCCUUCAUGCCAUGUGUGCUGUCGACACUAUUCCUUCAUGCCAUGUGUGCUGUCGACACUAUUCCUUCAUGCCAUGUGUGCUGUCGACACUAUUCCUUCAUGCCAUGUGUGCUGUCGACACUAUUCCUUCAUGCCAUGUGUGCUGUCGACACUAUUCCUUCAUGCCAUGUGUGCUGUCGACACUAUUCCUUCAUGCCAUGUGUGCUGUCGACACUAUUCCUUCAUGCCAUGUGUGCUGUCGACACUAUUCCUUCAUGCCAUGUGUGCUGUCGACACUAUUCCUUCAUGCCAUGUGUGCUGUCGACACUAUUCCUUCAUGCCAUGUGUGCUGUCGACACUAUUCCUUCAUGCCAUGUGUGCUGUCGACACUAUUCCUUCAUGCCAUGUGUGCUGUCGACACUAUUCCUUCAUGCCAUGUGUGCUGUCGACACUAUUCCUUCAUGCCAUGUGUGCUGUCGACACUAUUCCUUCAUGCCAUGUGUGCUGUCGACACUAUUCCUUCAUGCCAUGUGUGCUGUCGACACUAUUCCUUCAUGCCAUGUGUGCUGUCGACACUAUUCCUUCAUGCCAUGUGUGCUGUCGACACUAUUCCUUCAUGCCAUGUGUGCUGUCGACACUAUUCCUUCAUGCCAUGUGUGCUGUCGACACUAUUCCUUCAUGCCAUGUGUGCUGUCGACACUAUUCCUUCAUGCCAUGUGUGCUGUCGACACUAUUCCUUCAUGCCAUGUGUGCUGUCGACACUAUUCCUUCAUGCCAUGUGUGCUGUCGACACUAUUCCUUCAUGCCAUGUGUGCUGUCGACACUAUUCCUUCAUGCCAUGUGUGCUGUCGACACUAUUCCUUCAUGCCAUGUGUGCUGUCGACACUAUUCCUUCAUGCCAUGUGUGCUGUCGACACUAUUCCUUCAUGCCAUGUGUGCUGUCGACACUAUUCCUUCAUGCCAUGUGUGCUGUCGACACUAUUCCUUCAUGCCAUGUGUGCUGUCGACACUAUUCCUUCAUGCCAUGUGUGCUGUCGACACUAUUCCUUCAUGCCAUGUGUGCUGUCGACACUAUUCCUUCAUGCCAUGUGUGCUGUCGACACUAUUCCUUCAUGCCAUGUGUGCUGUCGACACUAUUCCUUCAUGCCAUGUGUGCUGUCGACACUAUUCCUUCAUGCCAUGUGUGCUGUCGACACUAUUCCUUCAUGCCAUGUGUGCUGUCGACACUAUUCCUUCAUGCCAUGUGUGCUGUCGACACUAUUCCUUCAUGCCAUGUGUGCUGUCGACACUAUUCCUUCAUGCCAUGUGUGCUGUCGACACUAUUCCUUCAUGCCAUGUGUGCUGUCGACACUAUUCCUUCAUGCCAUGUGUGCUGUCGACACUAUUCCUUCAUGCCAUGUGUGCUGUCGACACUAUUCCUCAUGCCAUGUGUGCUGUCGACACUAUUCCUUCAUGCCAUGUGUGCUGUCGACACUAUUCCUUCAUGCCAUGUGUGCUGUCGACACUAUUCCUUCAUGCCAUGUGUGCUGUCGACACUAUUCCUUCAUGCCAUGUGUGCUGUCGACACUAUUCCUUCAUGCCAUGUGUGCUGUCGACACUAUUCCUUCAUGCCAUGUGUGCUGUCGACACUAUUCCUUCAUGCCAUGUGUGCUGUCGACACUAUUCCUUCAUGCCAUGUGUGCUGUCGACACUAUUCCUUCAUGCCAUGUGUGCUGUCGACACUAUUCCUUCAUGCCAUGUGUGCUGUCGACACUAUUCCUUCAUGCCAUGUGUGCUGUCGACACUAUUCCUUCAUGCCAUGUGUGCUGUCGACACUAUUCCUUCAUGCCAUGUGUGCUGUCGACACUAUUCCUUCAUGCCAUGUGUGCUGUCGACACUAUUCCUUCAUGCCAUGUGUGCUGUCGACACUAUUCCUUCAUGCCAUGUGUGCUGUCGACACUAUUCCUUCAUGCCAUGUGUGCUGUCGACACUAUUCCUUCAUGCCAUGUGUGCUGUCGACACUAUUCCUUCAUGCCAUGUGUGCUGUCGACACUAUUCCUUCAUGCCAUGUGUGCUGUCGACACUAUUCCUUCAUGCCAUGUGUGCUGUCGACACUAUUCCUUCAUGCCAUGUGUGCUGUCGACACUAUUCCUUCAUGCCAUGUGUGCUGUCGACACUAUUCCUUCAUGCCAUGUGUGCUGUCGACACUAUUCCUUCAUGCCAUGUGUGCUGUCGACACUAUUCCUUCAUGCCAUGUGUGCUGUCGACACUAUUCCUUCAUGCCAUGUGUGCUGUCGACACUAUUCCUUCAUGCCAUGUGUGCUGUCGACACUAUUCCUUCAUGCCAUGUGUGCUGUCGACACUAUUCCUUCAUGGCAUGUGUGCUGUCGACACUAUUCCUUCAUGCCAUGUGUGCUGUCGACACUAUUCCUUCAUGCCAUGUGUGCUGUCGACACUAUUCCUUCAUGCCAUGUGUGCUGUCGACACUAUUCCUUCAUGCCAUGUGUGCUGUCGACACUAUUCCUUCAUGCCAUGUGUGCUGUCGACACUAUUCCUUCAUGCCAUGUGUGCUGUCGACACUAUUCCUUCAUGCCAUGUGUGCUGUCGACACUAUUCCUUCAUGCCAUGUGUGCUGUCGACACUAUUCCUUCAUGCCAUGUGUGCUGUCGACACUAUUCCUUCAUGCCAUGUGUGCUGUCGACACUAUUCCUUCAUGCCAUGUGUGCUGUCGACACUAUUCCUUCAUGCCAUGUGUGCUGUCGACACUAUUCCUUCAUGCCAUGUGUGCUGUCGACACUAUUCCUUCAUGCCAUGUGUGCUGUCGACACUAUUCCUUCAUGCCAUGUGUGCUGUCGACACUAUUCCUUCAUGCCAUGUGUGCUGUCGACACUAUUCCUUCAUGCCAUGUGUGCUGUCGACACUAUUCCUUCAUGCCAUGUGUGCUGUCGACACUAUUCCUUCAUGCCAUGUGUGCUGUCGACACUAUUCCUUCAUGCCAUGUGUGCUGUCGACACUAUUCCUUCAUGCCAUGUGUGCUGUCGACACUAUUCCUUCAUGCCAUGUGUGCUGUCGUCACUAUUCCUUCAUGCCAUGUGUGCUGUCGACACUAUUCCUUCAUGCCAUGUGUGCUGUCGACACUAUUCCUUCAUGCCAUGUGUGCUGUCGACACUAUUCCUUCAUGCCAUUAG